UCAUGGCUGGACAAAGCAGCAGCAAGGAGUGGUUUCUGGAAGAGAAGCGUCCCAAACCAAUGGGGCAUACCCACACUCCCCGAAACCCCAUCCUGUAGCUUCACCCAGCGUCAGAUCAAAGUGUCACCGCGUCGGCAGCGGCUCCUCCAGCGCUUCUCGUCGUAAGAGGAAUGAGCCACUCUGGAAAAUAACAUCGGCUGAGCUGCUCAGAGAAAAGAGUCACCGCCGCUGGAUGCUUGGUGUCUUUUAAGUGUCGUCCUCUUAACAUGGUCGGAAACGUCCCCAUCAUCGAGGGCUGAAUGGUUCCCAAUGGUUUGAGGAGCUUGGCAAUGAUACCAGCCAUAUGCCGAUGAGACAUUUGAGCCCAGAAGCGCUGUGUCUAAAGAAGUUGACCUGCAGUUUGAAUCCACCCUGGAAGACCAUGCUGUCCAUCCUGCUGCCCGCAAUGCUGGCCGUCCAAGCUAUGGCUGUGAUGGAAGUGCACGUCCCAGAGCAGCCAGUGGUGGCGCUGCAUGGCAGAGAUGCCACACUCAACUGCUCCUUCAGUGUCACCACCCCCUUCAACCUGUCUGAUCUGAGCGUCUUCUGGCAGCUGACAGACACCAAACGCAGUGUGCACGGGUACUGGGAGGGACACGACCAGCUGGCGGACCAGACCGAGAGCUUCGCCAACCGUACCAGCCUGUUCCCCGCCCAGCUGGGCCUGGGCAACAUUUCACUCCUGUUGAGCAGGGUGAUGGUUGCUGAUGAAGGCAGCUAUACCUGCUUUGUCAGGGUGCGGGACUAUGGCAGUGCUGCUUUGCUGCUGCAGGUGGCCGCCCCCUACUCCAAGCCUGUAGUGACUUUGGUGCCUGAAUCCAAUCUGCGGCCAGGUGAUGAGGUGGCCCUGACUUGUGUGGCCUACGGUGGUUACCCUCAAGCUGACGUGAUAUGGCAGGACGGGGGCGGACGCAACCUGACGGACAACAUCACCAAUUCAUUGGUGGCCAAUGAGGAAGGACUGUUCACUAUGACCAGCGUGCUGACAGUUGUGCUGGAGCCCAAUAGCACCUACAGCUGCCGACUGAUCAAUCCACUACUGGGAGAGGAGGGCUACGCCUUUGUCACAAUCACAGGUCAGAACAUCGCGUUCCCUCCGGUGGCUCUGUGGGUAACUGUUGGCCUGGCCGUGUGUCUGCUGGUGCUGCUCAUUGCCCUGGCUGCUGUCUGCCGCAGGAAGAUCAAGGAGAGCUGCGAGGAGGCCAGAAGAGAAGCUGAGGAGGCCAAGGAGCUGGAAGAAGAGGAGUCAAAGACAGCCAUGACACUGCUGAAAAGCUAAGGCCAAGCGACUAAAGGAGUCCAGGCCAGACGGCAGGUAGCAGAUGAGUCUGGCGGGUAAUCCCACUCCACCUAUCCAUCAACCUGGAGACUAUUUCCAGCGUCCCCCUACAGAAUGUCAAAGCCUCGCUGAGCAGAAGAUGAGUCCAUCAAAUUCUUUCCGAGACUGUCCCUCGAGUUCCCAUCAAAACACAAAAACGUAUCAUGUGCCAUUACUUUCUAUCGCCGCGGCAGCGAGUGAAUGCAGUUCAGUGGGUUGCGUUGUAGGCAGUAUGCAAAAGAGGAGCUCUGUUUGAAAACCACAUGAUGUGACAGGAUCCUCGCUCUGUCGCUGACAUCACUGCGUAUGGGUUGUGAUGGGGCAUGUGCCAGAGAUCUCCUGUCUAAUAGGAAGUGAGACACUUAAAGAGAUGACCCUGCCUCAGUAGCCAUCACUGUCUCUCUGCCAGAGAGAGAGCUUGGCUCUCCUAUUACUCUUGCACUUGCUAAUUAGCGUCUGUCGCUGGACUAACUUGUACCUGUCAGAGUGUGCCUCUCUCCUAUAUUCAGUAACUUGAGGGAAUUGAAAUUGAAUGCCAGCUGAGCUCCAACAAACUGCAAAUGGUGCAUGGGAUACUCCCUGAUUUUCUCACUGACCUGACAGCCUUUUAUGUAAGAAAUUGUUUUUAAUGAACAGCUCGUUUCUACUCCUCGUGUGAAAUGUUGUAUCUCUUCCAGGCUAGGGGCUGUACAGGUUGUUUUACUGCAUUUUUUUUAGGUACUUGAGCAAGUCCCCGUGCCAUAUGUCCAUGUAUGAAUGCCAAAGCCAUUUGUGUCAGAUAACCCAGUGCCUGUUUAUAUUAAAGAGACAUG